AACAAUUCGGGUCCACCAUUUUGAUUCAAAUUGCCAAUCUUUUCAUGGAUAUCACUWGAAUAAUGCAUUGUCUAGACCUCUGGAGAAAAAGAAAUUGCUAUGGAGUACUUUUGGCAUCUAACACACUCCAGAAACUAAAGGAAUUAACUGUAAAACGGUAAACACCGCGGCACAAAAAACACAAGGCCAGCAGAAUUCCAACCAUAAACCCAGAGAACGGCAUCAAAAUGGUUCACUAAUAUGAAGAAGACGGUUAACAUUCUUYUUGGCUGGCUUUCCAUUGUCUUGGACCAGACCAACGUUCAAGCUUCGUGCAGUGGUAACCACGUCCAGGAAAGUUUUGUCCUUCAAGGUAACCUACUAACAUCAUCCCAGGUUACUAGUCAAGCACAAUGCGAGAUGCAAUGCAGAGAGAAUUCGGGAUGUUUCAGUAUCAACUACUACGAGGAACAAAAGAAGUGUCAUCUCAACAAGGCAACGCAUCUUUCAAGACCUCUGCACCUCGUGUAUGACAUGGGAGGGGUUUACAUUAAGAUAAAGAAUGAUUAUUGCAGUGAUGCAUACUGCAAUACUGGACAAAGUUGUUUGAUUGACAGCUCUAAAGACGAUUAUACUUGUAAAGUCUGCAGUGCACCGCUUGGUUUAGAAUCAGGAACUAUUCCAAACAACAGGAUCUCUGCUUCCUCCUUCUAUGGCUCUGGUUGUGAGCCAUGGCGAGGACGACUCAGGAUGCAGCACAGUCAGGGAAAUAUUGGCAGCUGGGAAGCCAGAAACCAAGCGGCGGGGGAAUAUCUGCAGAUUGACCUUGGUAAUGUUUACCGAGUUACUAAGGUAGCGACACAAGGAAGACCAUACACAUGGAACAACUGGAUUACGUCAUAUAGUCUCUCUUAUGCUCUUAAUGACGGGACUUUCACUGACUACAAGGUUGGCGGAGCACUCAAGGUCUUCCCUGGGAACACUGACCGUGACACUAUUGUCACAAACAAGCUUCCAGUGGCAAUCAAGUGUCGCUAUAUUCGAAUUGUUACUGUUACAUUCUCCAACAUGCCUGCCAUGAGAGCCGAGGUCUACGGUUGUCCUGAGAACUGACACUACGACGUACAGAUAUACACUGGAAAAGAUCGCGCGGUUUAAAGGUUUUAAAUUUGAUGUAAAUAUGUUGUA